GGAUACCUAGUGUGGAGUAUAUAUGCAGCCAAAACUGACGUUUUCGCCAUAAAGGCCGGUCAGGCACGUCGAAGUUUAUAGGAGUCUAUUUUGCCCGUUGUGGCUCGUAUGCCAGAUUUCGGUCUAUUCCUUCAGUUUUGUCUUGUCAUUUCAGUUUCCACAAUGUGCGAGGCGGACGCACUGCGUGACUUUAACGGGACGAAAGAUGACGAAUUGCCUUUCAAGAAAGGCGACAUGUUGAAAAUCUUAGAUCGUUCCGAGCACAAUCAGGACUGGUAUAAGGCUGAGAGGUCUGGCAAGGAAGGCUUCAUACCGGCGAAAUACGUAAGAGUAGAUAAUGAUUACAUGGCGCUAAAUGUUAGUCGACUUGAGGCAGAAGAACUACUCAUGAAGAAUGGCGGGGACGGCACAUUUCUCAUCAGGUUUAGUGAAACCACUCGGGGGGACUUCACUUUAUCCGUCAAGUUUGGAGGUGGUGUGCAGCAUUUCAAGGUCCAGAGAGACGGGGCUGGCAAGUACUACCUCUGGGUCGUCAAAUUCAAUUCUCUGAAUCAAUUGGUAGAAUACCACCGAGCCGAAUCCGUGAGCCGCUCCCAAACUAUAUUUCUCAACGGCUUACCGGUCAAGCCUGCUCUUUUCCAUGUAGCCUUGUAUGAUUAUACUGCUGAGGAAGAACUCGAACUUUCAUUCAAAAAGGGCGACAAGAUUAAGGUUUUCAACAACAGUGACUCCGACUGGUGGAGCGGCGUGCUAGUCGCGACUGGAGUGGCGGGCCAGUUCCCGGUCAAUUACACCAAAGAGAGCACAGAAUAAACGAUGCCUAAAAGGGAAGCCAAAACUGUUAACGGUAGAAGGAGCUUAGAGAAAAGACAACAACAACAAGAAAACUUAAAGCUUAUUUUUACUAGUUUAUAUGAGGGAUUAGAGCACCCUGCUAGGUCACUGGACAGGUGGUUAACUCAUCAACUCAACUCUCAAUUAACAUAAGAAAAAGAGGAUCAUGGGGGACCAAUGGUCACCGAUUAGGCAUGGUUUUCUAUAUAGAGUUAGCAGCUACAAGUAGGACAGCGUGGCUUUAAGACAAUAGUCAAGAGAAAGACAAAGUUACUCUCCUGCUCGAAAAGAUUUUAGAAUAGAAAGAAAAAAACAGACUGAAUAUCAAAAAUAUAUCAUCUAUCAUAGAAAUUAUCUUUAAAAAAAAUAAAAAAAUAAAAAAAACUACUUUCGUUAGCUCAUUAACUCUAUUUACACCCCAUCCCAUAGGUUUUCCACGGGUCCUGCUAGUAUGACUUUUAUUCUGGGUUGGUAACUUGCAGGGACAUGUUAUUACCUUCUGCAGGCAGUAAGAUUUCUCACACGAGUCCUAGACGCCAAAAAAGCUCCUUUGGUUUUUAGAAUCAUUGUGGAUAAGUAGUUGACAUUUUAAAGAAUGAAUGAACUUUCCGAAUAAGAACACAACUCUACAGAGUAUGAAAUGUAAAAUUAUAGUUAUUAGAAUGGAGAUUAAAUACCCCCCCCCCCCCCUUUUUUUUUAAACGUAAAUUACAAGGUUACUAUUAAGUAAGUCUAAGCACAAAUUACAAGGUUAUUAUUAAGUAAGUCUAAGCGGAACCAAUCGUGACAAAUGCAGGUGUUUAACAGGGAACUCUCAGAUAUCAUUUAGCAGACGACCCCAUAAUCCCGAACCCAUUACCAUUUCAAAUCAACCAAUCCCAGAGUGCGUCCAUGUAAAAUUGCUAGGCGUUACCAUCCAGAAUGACCUGAAAUGGAACAAGCAUGUCUGCGACGUUGUUUCAAGGUCAAGUAAAAAGCUGUACAUGCUCAGAACCCUCAAAAAGUUUGGACUUCCCGUAGAAGAUUUACUUACCGUGUUCCAGUCAAUACAUCAGACCCAUUACCGAAUACUGCACCCCAGUUUGGCAUUCUUCCCUGACCUUAGCGGACUCCAACCAAAUAGAAAGUAUACAGAAAAGGGCUCUACGCAUCAUUCUAGGCAGAGAGUACCAAACGUAUGAGAAUGCACUAAUAACUACAAAACUUACCACUUUGUCGGAAAGACGUGUCCAACUGUGUGUCAAGUUUGCCAAAUCACUUGAGAAAAACUUUCCCCAAUGGUUGCCCCCAAAGCAGUCUGAACUCCGUGCACUACGUUUCAGUGACCAGUACAGGCCUGUGAAAUGUAGAACAGAGCGCUAUCGGAAAAUUGCUCUCCCAUUUCUUGUGAGACUUUUAAACCAGAAAUGAUCCUUGAUUAUCACAAACUUGUUUUUACCCUAUUUAUGAAUCUGGCUUAGAUUAGAUUAAUAGUAUAAUUUACAUUUGUACAUAUUAAAUUUCACUCUAUGACUGUAUAUUAAACAUUUAUUAUAUUUUCAAUAGAAACGCCGAACAUUCUUCUACACUCAUUUUAUUUAGUGUUGUUUAAGUUUAAGAAUACCCUUUUUAAUUAAUUAAUUAUUUGAUACAACCCAAGCAUACUUUAUUGACCACUUGCCAGUCUACUUCUUAUAAUUCAGAACUUAUAGCUAUUUAAUCACUUGUGAAUUUGUAUUGAUUUUUCAUGUUUGUUCCAUUUGAUUAUACCUUUACUUGUAUAUUUAAUAGAAAACUCAUACUUCUAGACUCCUUUAAUUAAACUGAAUGAAAAAUAAUCAUUUUUUAUCUUUUUUACCAUCAGAUACCACUCAAGUCACUUUACACAAAGCUUUAAAUUUUGAUGAAAGUGGAUAAUAAUAUUUAUAUUUAAAUUUUAAAUUCCAAAAUUGUUUUUGUCUGUAAGCAAUAUUUUUAUAAUGUUAGCAUUAUACAUGUAUAGUUACUUUCAUUUGCAUUUAAUAUUCAUUUUUACAAUAUUAUGUAUGAUUCCUUUUAAUUUGUAUGAUGUUUUUAAUGUUUUGAAUUUGUAAAUUCAUUUGUAAUUUAGCCUUUGGCUACAAUGAGUGGAUAAAAUACCUUGAAUUGAAUUGAAUUGAAAGCGUGUGUGUAUUGGGUUUUUUACAGACGUGUAUCGAUCAGAUAUGAUUAUUUACGUCUGGGGACCGACCUUCAAACGUUUCGAACCUGCGUCCUCGGCUGAAUCAGUUUGUAACUUCCACUUUUAGCUGGAUUACAGACGCACGCCACAACGCCUAUAUUACAAGGUUAUUGUUAAGUAACUCUAAGCACAUAUUACAAGGUUAUUAUUAAGUAACUCUAAGCACAUAUUACAAGGUUAUUAUUAAGUAACUCUAAGCACAUAUUACAAGGUUAUUAUUAAGUAACUAUAAGCACAUAUUACAAGGUUAUUAUUAAGUAACUCUAAGCACAUAUUACAAGGUUAUUAUUAAGUAGCUCUAAGCACAUAUUACAAGGUUAUUGUUAAAUAACUCUAAGCACAUAUUACAAGGUUAUUAUUAAGUAACUCUAAGCACAUAUUACAAGGUUAUUAUUAAGUAACUCUAAGCGUAUAUUACAAGGUUAUCAUUAAGUAUCUCUAAGCGUAUAUUACAAAGGCUACUAGUUAAGAAUCGCGAACUUAAGAUAUAAGUAACAUGUAUUAGUAAUUAAAACUUUUAAGUAAACUAAUAUUGAAAUUAACUUAUAAUUGUUAAUAAAUAUGCACAUUAAGGUUUACAGAAA